AUGGACGAUAUACGACAUGACAAGAAAGCUCCCUUAGAGUCAGAGGGCAUUAAUUUGGACCACGAUGCUGGAAAACUCACGAACAUCGAUGAUCUUGAAGUAGACACCUUCUACGGAUCUUCAACCACCAAGGCAUAUCGUCUGAAAUCUGAACUUAUCGGAAAGUGUAUGGAGGACAUUGGCAUGGGCUGGUACUUCAUUCCCGAAAUACGACUAUUUGGCAAGAUUUCUGACUUGACCAGGUUCCAGUGGAAACUCUUUGUGGUAACCGGCUUUGGGUGGAUUGUUGACAACUUUGCAUCUCAAGGCAUUGGAAGUGUCCAGCCACCUAUAAAGCAAGAAUUCUCUGGGAUAGUGCAGGUCAGCUACAGUUCGGUUGCUUAUUAUGUCGGUUUGAUCCUGGGCGCUUCAUUCUGGGGGUUAUCUAGUGAUCUCAUCGGGCGCAAACCAGCAUUCAACUGCACACUGCUUAUUGCUGGUAUGUUUCUAUGUGCUGCUGCAGGUUCCUUGAAUUUUGUGGCUUUCAGUGCACUUUGGGCAGUUAUUGGCACCGCCGCGGGUGGGAAUGUGCCUGUGGAUUCCAUGAUCUUUUUGGAGUUCGUCCCUGGAAGUCACCAAUAUCUUCUUACUGCACUCUCGGCGUGGUGGAACCUGAGUCAGCUCAUUGUUUCCUUGAUUGCCUGGGUCUUUCUGGCCAACUUUAGCUGUCCAACCGAUGCUACCCCGGAGACGUGUUCACGUAGCCAAAAUAUGGGAUGGAGAUAUACUCUCAUCACCUUAGGGGGUCUUGCCCUAGCUUUUACUUUCAUUCGCAUAUUUGUUUUCAAGCUACCGGAAACACCCCGAUACCUGCUCUCCCAAGGCAGAGAUCAAGACGCAGUGGAUGCCGUCAACCAUGUUGCUCGACAGAAUGGGAAGCCAGAACCUCUGACAAUCGGAAUGCUUCGUGAGAUAGAUGCUCGGUUGGGAAACAGCACUAACGAGGAGGGUGAAACGACACGAAUGUCUACCAAAGAGAUCGUCAAGGAAAACAUGCAAGCUUUCCGUGGUGAACAUUACCGUGCAUUAUUUGCAACUCGGAAAUUGGCAAGGCAGACUCUUAUCAUUUGGCUGAUCUGGCUGACAGUUGGAAUCGCGUACCCUUUGUUCUUUGCAUUCUUGCCUUCUUAUUUGGCAACCAAGUUUACCGAAACCACCUCGUUGUACCUGACAUAUCGGAAUUAUUGCAUCACGUCAGCUGUCGGCAUCGUUGGUCCCUUGUCUGCCGCAGCCGGCGUCAACACUCGACUCGGGCGACGUUGGAUGAUGGGAGGUUCAGCAGUUGUCACUGCGGUCUUUCUGUUUGCAUAUGUCAGCGUCACCAGCCCGUCCGCAGACCUCGCCUUUUCUUGCAUUACCAGUUUACUGGCUAACUUUGAAUAUGCUAUCAUGUACGCAUUUACGCCAGAGUCAUUCCCGGCUCCCCAUCGAGGAACGGGUUCGGGGACCGCGGCCGCGCUUCUCCGACUGGGAGGACUCAUAGCUAGUCUUAUUUCCUCACAGACUGGAUUCACAAGUGCUCCCAUAUAUGCCAGCGCUGCAUUGUGGGUUGCUGUGGGUGUGUUCUGCUUAGGGCUUCCAUUUGAGACUCACGGACACGAUGCGCUAUAA